AUGGCUCGAGAACAGGUUGAGGACAGUCAAGAGGAUCUCGACAUCACGAGAGUCGAGACAUCCGCUGCAUCUGAGCACGCCGCCGGGAAACCGGACGCGGCAGGUACCGUUAAAACUACGUCUAGCUCCGGAGGCUCGCAAUAUGCAACUGCGGCGCCUAUGAACAGCAACGUCGCGGCAGUCAAUGAUACGCCUGGCCAUCACCUCUUGCACGAAGGCGACGAUGAGGAUCCGGCUGCAAUCCCCAGGAGUGUUCCCAGGUCCUUGGCGCUGAGGCUGUACGUCUCGCAUUUCCUGUCCACCUGGAACUCUCGCGUCUUCGAGUUCGGCGCCGCCCUCUUCUUGACUGCCAUUUACCCUGGGACCCUUCUACCCGUCUCCAUCUACUCCCUCGUCCGGAACGCGGGGUACAUCAUCUUUGCUCAACCGGUGGGAACCUGGAUCAACAAAGGAAACCGCCUCAAUCUCAUCCGGUCAAGCAUCAUUGGUCAGAGGAUUCCCGUCGCGGCGAGUUGUGCUCUGCUCUUGGUGCUUUUAUUGAAGGGAGAGCAGUUAAGCAUCAGGAAGAACAAUGGCGUGUUCGCUGUGAUCGUGUUCCUGAGCGUGGUAGAAAAACUUUGUGCCACUAUGAACCUGAUCUCAGUAGAGAGAGACUGGGUCGUUGUUAUUACUGAGAACAACGAGAUCGCGCGUCGAACAAUGAACGCUCGCAUGCGACGGAUCGAUCUUUUCUGCAAGCUGAUGGGGCCUUUGACAGUCUCUCUGGUUGCAAUUGCCUCCACAGAGAUUGCCAUAUGGACGACACUCGGCAUGAACCUGGCCUCGGUUAUUGUCGAGUACGUGGCCAUUGAGCAGGUCUAUAGACGCGUCUCUGGCCUCCAACGAGCUUCCGAUACAGCUGCCUCUUCAAAUCGUCAGGAAUCGUCGGCUGUGGAUCAAAACGUAUCAGCUCAUGGCAGCAGAUAUCAACGGUCUGUCAGGCCAAUCUUGCGCAAAACCAUCAACGGCAUUCUUCCCACGGAUUCACUCCCGUUCUACUUCAGUCACCCAGCAUUCCUCGCCUCCUUUGCUCUCUCCCUGCUAUACUUCACCGUCCUAUCGUUCUCUGGGCAGAUGAUCACCUAUCUCGUUUCAGUCGGGUACACGCCCUUGUACGUCGGUAUCGCCCGGGUUGGCAGUAGCAUUUUCGAGAUCAGCGCGACGUGGGCUGCGCCGUGGUUAAUGAAGAAGGUUGGUGUUGUCCGGGCGGGAAUCUGGAGUCUUGCGUGGCAAAUGACAUGUCUUGCCGGGGUCUUGGGAUGGUACUUCUCGGAUUUUGAGGGCAAGGGCACGAACAGCAUCUUCUCGGCCACAGGGCUUGCAGUGGGUGUCGCGCUUAGUCGGAUUGGACUUUGGGGCUUUGAUCUCUGCGCGCAAAAUAUCAUACAGGAUGAAGUCGAGGACGACCAUCGCGGGACUUUCUCGGCUGUCGAAGCGUCCUUUCAAAAUCUUUUCGAAAUUCUGUCUUACGUGACGACAAUCAUCUUUUCUAGGCCAGACCAGUUCCAAUGGCCGGUGGUGAUCAGCGUCGGCGCUGUCUAUACAGCAGGCGGCUUGUAUGCGUACUUCUUGAGGAAGCGCCGUGGGCAUCUGUUUCACGCACCACGUUGCGUCUGUAUCAAGGCAUAG